UUUACAAAUGCUCUGGUGGAACAGUAAAUCCUAUGCUCUACCAAGUUUAGAACAAAAAAUCAAAGCCUUAGUUACAACUGAAAAAAACACGUUCGAAGUUUUCAAAGUACUACUGCUAGCAAUAAUUUCAGGAGUAUUUUACUCCUGUACAACUGUAGUAGUCAAAUACGUCGAUAAUUUAGAUCCUGGACAACUGUGUCUUUAUCGCCAUGUCGCAAUUUUAUCUUUAAAUCUUCCAGAAGUUAUCAAAUGUCGCCAAGCAAUCUUUUUGCCAAAAAAUUUCCGUGUGCUACUAAUAAUCAGAAGCAUAUGUUCGGCAACGCAUUUAUUGGUCAGUUAUCAUGCUUUUCGCCGCUUACCACUUGCAGAAGCGAAUGUGAUUUUAUUCAGCAUCCCUGCCUUUGUAACCGUGGCUGCGAGGAUUUUCCUAAAAGAACCAUGUGGAAUAUUCCAAUCUAUAUCUGUGCUCUUCACUGUAAUUGGCUUAAUUUUUACUGCCAAAAUUCCCAGUUACUUUUCUGGCUCAUCUAUUGUUCAUUCAAAGGAAUACAUACAGGGUCUUAUAUUUGCUUUCUCGGGAAUCCUCCUUAAUACCGCUCAAGUAAUACUCUUAAGAAAAACGAAAGAAGUCCACCAUGCAACUGUCUUAUCCAAUUUGGGUAUCAUAGCCAUCAUUGAACUAACUUCUGUUACUGCGAUCUUUGGUGAUUUCAAGUGGAAUGUGUGCGGAUGGCAGAAUCUGUACAUAAUUAUCCUUGGAAUAUUUAGUUACUUAGCUCACGCAUUGCAGAUCAGAGCUAUCCAGUGCGAAUUUGCUGGACCAGUCUCAACUGUCAGGGCUGGGUCAGAUAUAGGAUUGUCCUUUAUAUGGCAGACAGCUGUGUUUAAAGUAAUUCCGGACACUUUCAGCAUCAUAGGAGCUUUGUUAGUUAUGGUAUCCAUGUUUUUGGUUGGAAUUAGGACAUGGGUGUCCAGUCUACCGAAUGAUUCUCCAAAAUUGAAGCUCUUAAAAUGGAUAUUGAAGUAAGUUUCAAGAAACUUGGCGCUUAAUACUUCUCUGGCUCACCUAUUGUUCAUUCAAAGGAAUACAUAAUGUCGCUCAAACUUACUACAACUUUAGUGUGGUGCCACCAUGAUAGUUUAAGUUAAAUGCAACCUUAGUAAUGUGUUACAUUGACCAUUGUUUACGUUCAAGUUAUACUGUAUCGCGAAAUCAAGUUUAAGAAGGAUUAAAUUAUUUAAUAUUACAUUUUACCCGUUAGAUAAUGUCAUACUAAAAUUACCCAUAUCAAUACUAUUAGAGGUUUUUUUGCGUGGUGAACCGUAAUAUUGUUCAAAUUUACUACUUCCUUGAUAUGGUGCCAAGUUGCACCAUGUAAUUGCAAUUUUUAAUGAUUUCCGGAUGAUAAAUUGCUUAGGACCAGGAUUAGGGCUGGGCUAUAAAUCGAUGCAUUACGAAAUAUAGAUUUAAAGCAUGUAUCAUCAGGCCGAUAUAAUGACUUUCGUUUUUGGCGAUGCAUCAGAAAUCUGAUUUGUUGGUAUAAGACAACGCUUGCGGUUUAACGGUAAACAUGUAAGGAUUAAACAUGAGAGGAUUGUUUUAUUUACGCUAACGCUGUCAUCGGGCUGAGAAAGACGAUUUUCAUUUCGUCAAGCUACGAAGACAAUGUUAGUUUCGUGAUGUUGAAUGAAGAAGAGCGAAUUAAAUCAGAACUCCUGGUUUCGUGCGAGGAUCAGCAUUGAAAUAAAUCGCCAUACAUAGUUUCCUUAUGCGCCAUUUUCGUCUUUGGGAUUUCACUUUACUUGAAGAUUAUUUUCAGCUGGAUUUACGCUAUUUUGUGAUCUCUGUGCACUCUAUUUCGUCGGGAUUUAACGUUUCUUGUAAAUUAUUUUCAGUGAGACUUAGCGAUAGUUUCGUUGUGCAUUAUUUUGUCUGUCGGGAUUUAACAUUGCUUGUCAGUUAUUUUAAGUAGACACUCUGUUACUUUGCAAUGGUCCUUAUCCUAAAUUUUCGUUCUGAACUCAAUCUAUUAAUGAAAAAAAAAUUGAAUAAAAAAAAGAUUCUUAGUUUUUUUUUAAAAAA